GGCAGUUCCUGACCCAAUCGUUACUGUGACUCUGUUUGUAUCGCGUUAAAUAGCAUGCAGGAAUAUACUUGAGUUAUUGGGCGGAGCUUCACUACUCCCACUGGCUAGGGCAAACAAAAGCCAAGACACCCUAGCAGUACGCAGCCAGUUCCAUACCCCCACGAUUGCUACCCCACAAGAAGGAGGCUACAAAGGAAACCGACGUUGGUAACUGUUUGGUAGCCGAUUGGUAGCAAGGAUUGACAGAAGUCUGGUUGGCGGCAAUACCGUAGAUGACUUGCAAUGUCAAGAACCGGGAAUCGGUCUAUUUGCCCGAAGGACCCGUAACCAGACAGACCGGCCUAGAAGUCUGUCGGACAGCAGGACCCCUCAAUGUUUGACCCUUAGUGUCAUCCCUGGUCGACGGAGUGCCGUCGAAGCCGGACGUUUCGGACGUUUCCGUGAUGUCCCCGUGGAACCCAACAAUCCCGAUGUGUCCUCGUCCUUGGUGCUCGAUUACGGGCAAUGUUCCGGCCAACCGUCAAAACCGGCCGAAGCCCCAAUCCGUCACCAUAUUGGGUGGAGCACAGGACGUUCGGACGGGUCCACCAGAAGCCGCGCGCAUCAACCGCUACCGAGUUCCAGGAUCGGGAACCGUGAUCCGUGUAAGCGACCGAAGGUCGCGUAACCAUCUUCCGGAGGAGAUUGCUGGAAGGAGGAGAAGCUGGGAGAUCGUCGAGCUGCUGGGGCCCCAAGAAACCGGAAGGAACAGGUCAGAUAGAUAAUAAGAAAGUGGGAAAGUUGAGGAUAGGAAAGGGGUAGGAAGUUAGUAGGAAGAAGUGGGAAAAUAAAAGUGUGCACAAAA